ACCAAAUUCAAGGCAGCAUCACAACAAAACCAAACCCUUUAGCUCUUUGCAAAAUAUCAUCGCAAUUUUUUAAGUAUUACCAUCGCUUUUCCAUUUCAUCAUCAAAACCAUGGAGGAUGCAAUGAGGCGUCUCAACGGGGCUGACCCCAAGAUCGACGGAGGAGGAGUCGCCGACAACCCGAAGCGCUCCGCCGUAAACAAGAGAGCCCUGCGAGAAAACGACGGCGGCGGCGGAGCGAUGAGGUACCGCGGCGUGAGGCGUAGGCCGUGGGGGCGGUACGCCGCCGAGAUAAGGGACCCUCAGUCGAAGGAGAGGCGGUGGCUUGGCACCUUCGACACGGCGGAGGAAGCCGCCUGCGCCUACGACUGCGCCGCCAGAGCCAUGCGCGGGCUCAAGGCUCGCACCAACUUCGUGUACCCUACUUCUCCGGUGAACCCUUGCUCCGCCACCGAACACUUGUUCCCUUCCUUCAACUUCCCGAAACAUGUACACUCUCAGAAACCACCCUUCGCCAACAACCACCAGCACCGCCACUUCACCUUUGACCCUCACGCCGUUGACUUUUCAGCGCCGCGAAACCCUUCACUCAACAUGCUCCUCUUUCGCGACCUCAUUAACCCUUCCUCCAACCCUUCUUUGCUUUCCUCCACUAACAACCACUUCCACAACAACAAAACCCUCGCUUCCUCUCUCUCCUCGUUACCUUCGCCUUCUUCUCUCGCUCCUUGUUACAGUAAUACUUCUUUCGGAGCCUCGUCUUCUGAUAACAUCAACACCCUUUGCGGAACUAGUUUCGCUGAUGAUAAUGAUGGUUCUGGAUUUUUCUCCAGGGAGUCUUCCGAUUCGGGGUUGUUGGAAGAGAUAGUUAACAAGUUCUUGCCCAAAACGAAGCCUAAUAAAUCAGAUGGUCUUCCCAAAAUGGAGACUUUCAGUUUUCGGAACCCUCAGGAGUCGCUUCUUCCUCCGCUUGUUUCUGACUCGACGGUUGUUUCCACCGCGCAAUGUUAUAAUAGUGACACGAAGAAGGGGUUUCCAAAGAAUGAAAAUUUAAGUGUUUUUUCUUUUGAUCAUCAUCACCAGGGUUUUCCCAUGCAGCAAUUGGACAACUUUAAUAAUGGGUUUAAUAGCUUGCAGGGUGUGAGUCUGGGGAAUGAACAAGUCAUGAUGAAUCAUGCAGAGAACUGUGUCGUUGAUGAUGUUUUCCCGUACCCAGAGCUGCUUAAUGCUUUUGCAAUCAGGAUGCAAAAUGCUUAGUUCAUGUUUUGCUAGUGUUGUUGACGUUCAAUUCUAGCAGCAUGAUUUGAUAAUUUUACUUAGUUUGUAUAUGCAAUUCAGGGUGUUGAAUCUGCCUCUUAACGUUGGUGUGGUCUUUCAAUUUGCAACCAAUUAAUCUUUAGGGUUUUGUUAUUCCUUGGUUAAGCAAGGUUAGUUUGUUUGAGCUUACUAUGUAGUAUGCCUCUGGCUCCUAUUAUGUAUGGAUAGUUUGGAAGCAAUAUAUGUUAGUAUUGGUAUGUUGGAUAAUCUUGAAAUUGUGAAGUUUA